AUGCUCGCUUCUCUUCCUUCCAAUGUCACAGCUCAAGACGGCUUCUUCUACAACGGUUCCAUCGGACAAGAACCAAACCGUGUCCACGCAAUAGGGAUGUGCAUGCCAGGAUCAGUUCAAGAAGACUGUUCUCGUUGUCUCACGUAUGCGUCAGAUUGGUUGAUUGGGAGCUGUCCUAAUCAUAUAGCUGCGUAUAUUUGGUAUAUUUGGUCAUCUGAUCCAAGGCUUUGUUUUGUGCGCUACUCCAACGUCUCUUUCUCAGGAUCUGCAGAUCUUGACCCCAAGUAUGUGGUCUAUUUCACUGCGGAUGUCACCUCAAAUCUAACCGAGUUCAAGACGAUAUGGGAAGGAUUAACACUUAGUAUGAUUUCAGCAACUCCGGCCGCAAAGAACGUACCAUUAUCUAGUAAUAACUAUUACAAAGCUGAUGUCGCAACCUUCACCAAAUUCCAGAAAAUAUACGCUGUGAUGCAAUGCACGCCAGAUUCUUCUAAUGUUGAUUGUGACAACUGUCUACGACAAAGCGUGUCUGACUACCAGUCAUGUUGUGAACAGAAGAUAGGAGGCUAUACUAUGCGGCCAAUUUGCUUUUUCCGGUGGCAGUUUUAUCCAUUCUGUAAGGCUUUUGGUAACAUUACAUUGACUUCUCCUGCUCCUCGUCCUACGAUGGAACAUCCUUCUUUAGUCGACCAAGCCAACGUGAAAAAAAUUGGUAGUGGAAAAAUCUCAACAAGAGCUAUUUUGGAAAUUGUUUUUCCCAUUGUAUUAGGCGUAGGUCCAGUAUUUGUGUGGCAUGCCGGCAUGAGUGAGAAGCGACAACCCGGUUUCAACGAUGUGGCGAUGCUUUCUUUCGGAAAUCCCAUUGUGUUCAGGAGUGUGUGGAGGUGA